UCUAUCAUACAGCAUUAUCGUAUUAUUCCAUCAUUAAUCAUACAGCAUUAUUGUAUUAUUCCAUCAUCUAUCAUACAACAUUACUGUGUUAUUCCAUCAUCAAUCAUACAGCAUUAUUGUAUUAUUCCAUCAUCAAUCAUACAGCAUUAUUGUGUUAUUCCAUCAUCAAUCAUACAGUAUUAUUGUAUUAUUCCAUUAUCUAUCAUACAGCAUUAUUGUAUUAUUCCAUCAUCUAUCAUACAGCAUUAUUGUAUUAUUCCAUUAUCUAUCAUACAGCAUUAUUGUGUUAUUCCAUCAUCUAUCAUACUGUAUUAUUGUAUUAUUACAUCAUCUAUCAUACAGUAUUAUUGUAUUAUUCCAUUAUCUAUCAUACAGCAUUCUUGUAUUAUUCCAUCAUCUAUCAUACAGCAUUAUUGUAUUAUUCCAUCAUCUAUCAUACAACAUUAUUGUAUUAUUCCAUCAUCAAUCAUACAGCAUUAUCGUAUUAUUCCAUCAUCAAUCAUACAGCAUUAUCGUAUUAUUCCAUCAUCUAUCAUACAGCAUUAUUGUGUUAUUACAUCAUCUAUCAUACAGUAUUAUUGUAUUAUUCCAUCAUCUGUCAUACAGCAUUAUUGUCAUUAUCGUAUUAUUCCAUCAUUAAUCAUACAGCAUUAUUGUAUUAUUCCAUCAUCUACCAUACAACAUUAUUGUAUUAUUCCAUCAUCAAUCAUACAACAUUAUUGUGUUAUUCCAUCAUCUAUCAUACAGCAUUAUCGUAUUAACAUGCUUUGUUGUUUGUGGGUAGAACAUAAUGGCUGA